AUGGCCGAGGUAACACACUUUAUAAACGCUAAAGCUCCUGAUAACCCUGUCGACCAUCAAGACAGUGCUAGCACAUCAGGUUCUCGGGCGGGCAACCUUCUAAAUUCAGUAAAAUUGCCUAUCCUGAAUUUGCCUUCGUAUGACGGGAGCCUGGAAACCUGGAUGUUUUUCCGUGAGAGUUUUUCGUCCAUAAUACAUGAAAACGAUGCUCUAGCAAAUGUCCAAAAAUUCCAUUACCUACAGCUCUCCUUGAAAGGGGAGGCUGCAGAAACAAUCAGCUCGUUGCAAAUAUGUGAUGCAAAUUAUAAAGUAGCAUGGUCGCUUAUUAAAGAACGGUUUGAAAACAAGCAACUUCUAAUAAAUUUUCACAUCAGGUCGUUAUUUAACCUACGGGCAUUACAACACGAGUCACACACUGGACUUAGGCAACUUUUAAACGGGUUACAAAAACAUUUAAAUGCUUUGGAAGUUUUGGAACGUCCCACCAAACAUUGGGAUGAUAUUUUAAUAUACUUAUUGGCCAGCAAAUUCGAUAACGCUACCAGACGCUCUUGGGAGAACAAAAUUAAUGCUAGCGAAAUUCGCACACUCUCUCAGUUGACUGAAUUCUUAAAAGAUAAAUGUCGAAUGCUACAAACGUUGGAAACCGAAACCAAACAGUCAAGUAAUAAAUCUAAUAGUAACUUUAAACAAAGGGAAAAAACAAAGACCUUUCUUACUAACACAACAAAACAAUGCGUUUUUUGUAACAAUGACCAUAACAUUUAUCAUUGUGAAUCAUUUCUAAACUUAACACCUUCUGAACGUUUAAAUAAAGCUAAAGGUUUACGAUUGUGCAUUAAAUCGCCCUUAUUGGUUAAAUAA